AUGGGGUUGCUAGUCCUCGACACGUCGUACGUUGGUUCGGCGGCUCUGUUUGGCUGCGUCUUCGUCGUGCUCUGGUACCUGUGGAACCUGCUGCGAGGGCUGCCCGCAGGUCUGCCACCAGGGCCGCGCUGGUGUCGCCUGCCAGUGGUCGGCUCUCUGCCGUGGAUCGACAACAAACAAAUGCACACGCAGUUACGGGACUGGGCGAAAGUCUACGGAGGCAUAUACCACCUGCAGAUGGGCAACCUGCUAGCGAUAGUGCUGCACGACCUGAAUCUGAUUAAGAAGACGUUUGCCAUGGACGAAUGCUCCGGGCGUCCGGACACGGCACUCCUUAAUUAUUACACGCAGAACAGGACCCUCGGUGUGUUGUUUUCACAAGGAGACGUGUGGAGGGAGAACAGGAGAUUCACGCUUAGUUGCCUGCGGGAUUUUGGUAUGGGAAAAUUCACGCUAGAGAGCAAGAUUUCGGAAGAGGUAAAGAUUCUGCUGGAGGUGUUUGAACAUGAAGAUAACGUGACAGGAUUUGACCCGCAUUGCCACGUAAUUACCAGCAUAUCGGCCAUUAUCUGCAGUAUCGUGUUUGGCAAACAUUACACACACGACGACCCUGACUUCAGGCAAUACUUGAGUGUCCUCGACGAGCAGGUUGAAUAUCUAUCGAAUGGAGCGGCCGUUAGUUUUCUGCCGUUUCUGGGCGCUCUUCCUGGCAGCCCUCUCACGAAAUUCAAGAACAACUGGGACUGGCUCCGCACCGUUUGGCUCGAGAAGGAGAUCGAAGAACACAAGCAGACGAUCGACGCCAACCACCCACGUGACUUUAUCGACUGCUAUCUCAUAAAGAUGCAGGCGAUGGAGAACUCUGAAGGGAAAAGCCGUUCAUGCAUGUCCGAGAAGCAGCUGACGACACUUGUCGCUGAUCUGUUCGGUGCCGGCACAGAGACGACGUCCAACACGUUAACGUGGGGCUUGCUCUACAUGAUGCGCUACCCACAUGUACAGCAGAAGAUACAAGCAGAGCUGGAUGAUGUGGUCGGUAGAGGGCGCCUCCCGACAACCAAGGACAAGCCCGACCUGCCCUACACGCACGCGACCGUACUGGAGAUUCUACGCUGCAGCACCGUCGUGCCGCUAGGUGUGCUGCGAGCGACCACGCAGGACACGACCCUCGCCGGCUACGACAUCCCCAAACACGCCGUCCUUAUACCGAACCUGUGGGCGGUCAGUCACGAUCCGAGAUACUGGGACAAACCGGACGAGUUUCGUCCCGAGCGCUUCCUCGACGCCGACGGGAAGGUGAUGACGAACCGGGAAGCGCUUAUCCUGUUCUCUUCCGGUACGCGCAUCUGCCUGGGAGAACUCCUGGCGCGCGCCGAGGUUUUCCUCUACAUCGCCUGCGUGCUGCAGAGGUUCACGAUAGCGCCACCAGAGGGCAGCACGAUGCCGGACGAGCGCGGGAAGCUCGGCAUCACGUGGGCACCUCUGUCGUACAAGCUAAACUGCGACUGUUCGUUAAAGCAACGCUGUAGCAUAUGGUAUUAAUUACUUCCCCCUUUACUCAUGUAGAAAUAUCCGGCUAACUACUAGCUCUAGUACUAUAGCCCUCAUUGUCAGUACUAUAGCGUUCUGUGGCAGUCGAAACGAAGGCGAUAGUCCUAAAGUUAUAUUAUUACCUGCUUGCAGUUUGGGGGGGGAGGAUAUAAUACACUGGCUGUAGCAUAGAAAUCACUCAUGUAUGUUUAUUUGUAAGCGAUCUAUCGACAACUAGCAUAACCGGACAGAGAUGGGGGUGCUAGCUAGGGUAGCCAUAGGAGGGAGUGAAAAGUUA